AUGGGUCAUACUCAUACGGCCCCCACAGGUGAUGUGGUUCGUAUGCCUGCCACUUCCCAGGGAUUGUGCCAUGUGGGCGAACAAGGGGCGGGAGGGGCGGAAAGGGGACUAGGAGGGGAGCAAGUGGGGGGGAUAGAGAUGGGGGGAGGGGCAGGGAAGGGAGAGGAGAGAGGGGGAGGUGCAGCGGGUGGGCUUGAUGGUGGGAAUUGUGGAGAGGAAGGGGGGGAUGAGGAGGAGGCGAGGGGGAAUGGGCAGCGGGAUGGCCGUGACGAGGGGGCAGAGGAGGAGGGAGGGGGGAUAGCGGUAGGGGUAGGAGAAAGAGGUGGAGGAGGAGAUUCAAGAGGAGGUGAGGCGGCAGCAGCAGCAGCAGCGGCAGCAGCAGCAGCACCAGCAGCAGCAACAGCAGCAGCAGGGGUAGCAGCAGCAGCAGCAGCAGCAGCAGCAGGGCGGGGUCGAGUGCAAGUGGCACCGUAUGUGAAUCCGUGUUUGGAGUGCGAGUUAGAGGGCGUGUUUGCUGCCAUGUUCAGUGGCGACAGGAGGCCCUUCAGCCCCGGCCAGUUCCUGUAUAGCUGGUGGCGAGUGACGGACAGCUUCGCCAGCUACCAGCAGCAGGACGCGCACGAGUUCUUCAUCGCCACCCUCAACGCUCUCCACGCUGCCUCUGGCCUCGCCUCGCCCCGCCGCAAACCCGCCCCUCCUGCUGUUGCUGCGUCUUCUGGUGCUGCUGGUGGUGCUAAUACUUCUGCUGCAGGUAUCUUCACCAGUCUCUCCCUACACGCUGUGCUGCGCUCCCUUUUAACAACGAAGGAGAUUGCUUCUCCCUUUCAUAUCUCGCUUGUGUGCUGUCAACAACCCUGCCUUCUCAUCUCCCUUCCCCAUUUCCCCCCUUCACCCCCGUUCCCCCCGCUCCCCAUUCCCCCCCUCCCCCUCCCCUCCCGCCCAAGUGCAGUGCGCCAGCUGUCACCGAAUGCCCCUGUAUCGUGCACGAGGUGUUUUCCGGGCUGUUGCGAUCAGAUGUCACCUGCACGGCAUGUGGCGGAGGAGGUUAGAAUCACAGGGGUUGAUGGAGAGGAAGGGGAGGAAGGAGACGAAGGAGAGGGAGGAGAGGGAGGAGAGGGAGGAGAGGGAGGAGAGGAAGGGGAGGGAGGAGAGGGAGGAGAUGCAAGGGAGGUGUUGCUGGGAGAUGUGGUGGGGGAAGGAGUGGCCUUGGGGGAGGAAGAGGAGAGGGAAGUGAGUGAAGCGGCAGUGGCUGAAGCAACUGCAGGGGCAGAAGGUGAGGCAUACGUAGCAGCACAGACUGAUGUGGGAGCAGCCAUGCGAGGGCACGAAGGGGGUGGGACCAGUCAUACGUUGCACUGCUGUGCUCUCCUGCAUGCCCCUGCUGCACCUGAGGUUGCUGGAUCCGAGGGCAGAACAGCAGAGGCUGUGGCAGCAGAGGGUACAGCAGCAGCGGGUGUGGCGAAAGUGGGAGAUUUGGCAGGAACAGCAGAAGGCCGAGGAGCUGCUGCUGCAGCAGCAGCACCUGGGGCACGGAAAGCGCCAGCCACUGCUGCGCUACCACCUUUAGCACCUCCAGCAGCAGCAGCAGGAAGAGCAGCAGCAGGAGCAGCAGCAGCAGGAGCAGGAGCAGCAGCAGCAGGGGGGGGAGCAGCAAAGGAGGAGGGAGCAGUGGCGACGUUGAUAGCAUGCUUGGAUCGGUUCACUCACCCGGAGACACUUGGAGUCAAUGAGAAGUUCUUCUGUGAGGCGUGCCAGAUACGGCAGGAGUCAGUGAAGCAGAUGUCGCUGGCGCGCCUGCCUCUCGUGCUGUGCCUGCACAUCAAGCGCUUUGAGCACUCGCUCUCGCGCAACGCCUCGCGCAAGAUCACGCGCUUCCUGCACUUCCCCCUCGCGCUCGACAUGUCCCCCUACCUCUCGUCCAGCAUCACCCGCAACCGCAAUUGCAACCGUGACCAGAAGGGCUUCCUGAUUGGAUACGGCACUGUGGAUGAUGAGAGGUAUCGUCAGUGCAUUGUCGUGUUCUAG